AUGUCUACCUCUCGCGUGAAUAUCGUCGCGAUAGACACCGAGUCUGCCCUUCGCCCACUCAUCACAGAAGUGAUCCGCGAUCGUCCCUUACUUUACCUCCACAUAGUCGGACCAGAGCUCGGUGACCGUCACUUGAUCUCCAUCAUGACGCUCUACAUACCUUCCAAGAACGUCGUCUACCUACUCGAUAUCGAGGAAAUGAGGCAUGUAGCUUUCACGACAACCAACGCCGACGGAAAGUCCUUGAAAUACAUACUCGAGUUACCAUCUCUCAGAAAAGUGAUUUUCGACAUUCGACAUGGUUCCGACUCGUUGUUCUAUCUCUACCAAAUCCGCGUCAAGGGCAUCCGCGAUGUGCAGCUAAUGGAGACUGUUUUGAGAUGGGGUCGACAGGACACUCUGGGUAUUCUCUCCGUGGCUAUGCAGAGAAAUAGCACAUUUCCCGAGGCGCUGGUUAAGAAAUGGUGCGAUCUUAACUCCAAAUCAUCGUACGUUUUCAACCCUCUCUCAGGGGGCCGGCGAGGAACCUUCGGUGAACGCCCUAUUCGACAAGAUAUCAUGAGAUACGUUGUCGCGCAGGUAGCGGUGUUGCCUGAUCUUUACAAUGUUUAUUGCUCGAAGCUUCAACAGUCUGAUGAGGCUGAUGUGAGAGCUCGCGUGGCGGAGGCAACUCGAUGGCGACUCAUUAUUUCACAACGUCCUCGAGCUCAGAGUGCUUUGAUACUUGGGUGGCGGGGACCUUGGGAUGAUGCUUACGAUCAUGCUGUGGAGAAUGGGUACAAGACUCCGAUUCAGAUUGCUGCGCCGGAGGAUGGGGUGAAUUAUGGGGUUUCUUAUGAUCAUGAUGAACCUGAGGAUGAUGAGUAUGGUCUGGAAUGUUUUGAAAAGGUCUGGGACGUGAUAGGUCAUUGUAAUUCUCCUGGUCCGAUAGACGAGUCUAUUUAA